AUGAUUCAUGAUACCGUGGCAGUUUGCGGAUUUGAAGCUACAAUAGAUAAUAAAAGAAAAAUUAUAGGAAUAGUUAAAGAAGCUGAACAAGCCAAGAAGGAAUAUGAUGAAGCUAUAAAACAAGGUCAUGGUGCUUAUUUACUUGAAGAACAAGAUUCAGAAGUGUUCAAAUGUUCUGUUGGUAACAUUAAGCCCGGCCAAACAAUUGAAAUCCAAAUUAAAUACAUGAUUGAACUUAAACACGACGCAGAAACAGAUAGUGUUCGGUUCACUUUGCCGGCUACUAUUGCUCCAAAAUAUGGAUCGCAUAUUUUUAAUCACAAAAGGAUGCGUCUUUUCGAUAAAAUUUCAGAUUUGGAUUUUCCCCCUCUCGAGUCCAUGAAAGGUAGAUCUAUUGAGAAAGCAUCUAAAGCUCUUCAAUAUUUACUUCUUUCUAUUCCAGAAACCAUCAAAAAAGUUCAAAAAAUCACUGCAAAGGGUGGCACUCACAUUUAUGAAGCUUUAGAGUGGGUAUUUGAACAUUCACGUUCUGAUAUGCCAACAUCAGUUCUUCUGUUCUCAGAUUUUGAGACAUCGCAUGCAAGCCGAAUUGUUAAACUUAUAAAAGAUCAUCAAGAAAAAAAACACGAUUUAAGAAUAUUUUCAAUCGGAAUGAAUAAUAUUGUUUCAAAUCAUUUCAUUGAAUCCAUUGUUCGAGUCGGAAAGGGAUAUGCACAAUAUGUGUCCGAUUUAGAACAAAUGAACAGGAAAGCGAUGACCAUGCUUAGGAAUUCAUUAAAUCCGCCGAUCUCAGAUUAUGAAAUUACAUGGACCGUUGAGCCUAAUGAAGAAUCUCGGAAUAGUGGCCUCAAAGUUCAGCAAGUUCCAUUGAAAAUUCCAGAACUUUAUAUUGGCGUUCGUUCAAUAAUUUAUUGUAUUUUAGAAAAGGGUGUUAAACCAUGCGACCAAAUCACAUUAAAAUCAAAAUUUCAAGUUCCUUUAAUUGUUCCAUUAGAUCAAUCUCCCUUACAGGGAUCAAAAAUUCACACACUUGCUACCAAAAAACUUAUUCAAGAAAUUGAAUAUGGAAAUUAUUAUCCUAAUCAUGCAAAGAAUGAAGAAUAUAUUCGUAAACAAAUUGUGUAUUUGGCAAAAUCUUAUAAUCUUAGUUCCAAAUAUACUAGUAUUGAAGAUCAUGAAAAAAAGAAGCAAGAAAUUGAGAAAAAAUUGGUCACAGAAAAAUAUCAAAUACCUAAAAUGCAAAAUGCUUUUGGAUUUGAAGAUGAGCAUGAAAAAAAAUUAGCUAUAGAGCUUGAAAAACAAAAAAAUGAAAACCAAAAAGAUACGGAACUUAAAAAGGGUGGUGAGAAAAAAUUAAUAAUGGAAUUUGUGAAGGAACCCGAGAAUCAAGAUUCUGUAGAACUUGAAAAAAGAGAAAAGGCGAUGAUGAAUGAAAAAUUUAAAGAUCUCGAAAGACAAAAAGAAGUGGAAUUAAAAAAAGAAAUACUCAGAAAAGAAAACGAAAUAGAAAGACUAAAAAAAGCCGAACGCAAAAAAGGAGAUGACAAUAGUCUUCAAUUUCCUUCGGGCGAUUUUUAUAUAAAAUCGGCUAUUUCAUUGUCUGAUGUUUCUACUUCAUCCGCAUCCGCCCAAAACAUGGUAGUCGAUAUUAAACACAGUUUAUUCAUGCCUUGGUGUAUUGUCAAGGAUGGAACAAAAGCCAUUAUCGCCCAACAAAAGAACGUUGAUCAAGAUGGCCAUCAACUUUGGCGUCAUGAAAAUGGUUUGCUAAUUAACAAGCAAACAAAUUUAUGCCUAGAAGCGGAAUCAGGGACCUAUCUCAGUGUUCACCAAAAAAGAAAUUCGAAUCAAUCUAAUAAUCAGCGUUGGAUCCUUACCACUGAGGGACGUAUUGCGUUAAAAAAAAAUCCUAAAUUCGUGAUUGAGGUCCUCUUUAAAGGAACAGCUGUGAAAGAUGGAUUAUAUCUUACUCUCACCAAUUCUAAAUCGAAAAAAUUUAAAGACGACCUUAGGUCUAAAUUUGUUAUUGUUCAUAAGAAACCACGUCUUGAUUGUGCUAUUAUCGGUGUUAUUAGACUAGAAUUAAUAGGUGUUAAAAACAUCGAUUCUUCCUUUACUAAAGGAAAAUCUUAUAUUCGAAUUUUUAAUGAGGUUAGCAAAGAAACUGUUACGCAAACUAAAAUUAGUGAUAAUGAUUUGGAUCCGAUCUGGAAUGAAGUUCAUUAUCUUCCAAUUAAAAAUAUUGGCGACAAAUUCAUGUUCGAUGUGAUGGACUACUGUUCUAGUACGGAAGAUAAAUCUCUCGGAAAUUAUCAUUUUGAGGUUAAUCGAGAUUUUGUCAAAGAAAUUUCUGAAGCAAAAUUUUUCUCUCUUGAACCUCUUCCAAUACCAACACCUGAUUUUCUUUCGGACCUUAAGGAAAAUCCUUUUAAUUUUUCAACACUUUGCGUUAUCAUCGCUUUACAAGCACAAAAUGGGAGUUUUCCACCUUCAAAUACGUUAGCCAAUAUAUUUGGGUAUGAAUCACCAGUGAAGCUCUUCGAUUUAUACAAAUCACAUUGUUGCGAAGAUCGUGUCUUAAAUAUUGAUAAAACAGUAUGGACCACUA